CACACUGCUGUGCGCAUUACCUCUCUCUCUUCCAGUGAGGUUUGGCAGCAAACGGCUAAUUUUCAUGUCCGGCAUUCAAAUAGCGCAAAUGCAAAUUUUUUCGAAAAGCGAAAUACAUGCGUUAAUUCUAGCUAGAGGUGGAAGCAAGGGAAUUAAAUACAAAAACCUAGUUAAAAUAGAGGGACUGUCAUUGUUGGCGCGUACAAUCAUAACAAUACAAAAUUCUUCUUGCUUUGAUCAUAUUUGGGUUUCUACGGACGACAAAAGAAUUUCAAUUGAAGCCAACAAAUAUGGUGCUAUUGUGCAUAAUCGGCCUUCAGAGAUUGCCAGGGACGAGACAUCUUCCCUGGAUGCUAUUAAAGAAUUUUUAGAUGUGCACAAAGCUAUUCAUAACUUUUCUUUAUUUCAAUGUACGUCUGUGUUUUUAAAAGAAAAAUACAUUAUUGAAGCUGCUUUGGCAUUUAAAAACCAUGACUGUGUGUUUGCAGCUAUGAGGUCGCAUUAUUUACGAUGGGAAUUCGUUGAUCAUUUGCUAGUACCUGUGGGUUUUAAUUCAAAGGCCAGACCAAGACGCCAAGAUUGGAAAGGAGAUAUAGUGGAAACAGGAAUGUUCUAUUUUUCGAAACGACGAUUAGUAGAGAGUGGAUUUUUACAAAAUAACAGGUGCUCUAUCGUGGAAAUAGAUCAAAAAGAUGGUUUGGAAAUCGACUCACCCAUUGAUUUAACAAUAGCACGAUGUAUUUUAAAUAAUAAAAUGUGAACUGAGCUUA